AUGUCCAGGACGCAGAAGGCGAGCCAGACAUUGCACGAAUACUACGCAGAACUGCGAUACGUAGGAUCACGGAAGGAUGAUAAGGGCCGUAUAAAAGAGGAUGUGAUGAGGAAUAAACAUGCAGUCACUGGUAUCAUGAAGAUCUGCACCUUGUGCGGCGUGAGCGGUGGAGAAAGCGCGUUCGUAAGAGCAAGCUCGCAAAAGAAUAUCAUGAUUCUAUUGAGCGUGCUCUUGGAACAACGCUCAAUAGAAUUAGCACGUGCGUGGACUUGGCUCAAAGAAUGCCCGGCUCGGCGCAAGCGCAUAUGCGCUGAACAUUCUGACGAAGCCGCGGCAUUCCUCGAUGUGCGGCCUGAACGUCUUAAAAACGUCCCUUCAGUUCUAGAACAACAUUGGCUUGCACUUGAUAAGAUCUGCAAGCCGACACGUCGAACUAUUAGGGCGUUUAUUUGGUGUUGUCAUCGAAGACGUUCAGAUCUAAGUCGCUUGGCAGUGCUUGGCAAACAGAAUAAGAUGCUUUGCCGGUCCCAGAUUCAAGCUGAACAAAGUGCAGCAGCGGCAUGUAAGUUAAUAGGUCUCAUUGGCGCUUAUGUAUUUCCCGUUACGGCUGCAAGCCCGCAGCCGCCGUCAUCGGCAAGCAGAACGUUGCCAAACUGUCAUAGCUCACAACGCGAAACGCCAAGUCGUGGAGCAGUCCCAGCGCCUGUUACAAGCGUGCAAUCUUCUCGCUUCCAGCGCACUGGCCAAUCAACCAGUCGACAAGAACGUAGUUUAUUCGAAGGGCCGAUCACUCGUGCGCGCAGCAAAAAGCUUGGAUUGAGCUCUGAGACGGAUAAAGAGGCUCGUUACAAUCCAUCCGAUCAAGCUGUGCGUUUGAGUGCAAAUAGAGGCACCUCAGGCACUCGUCGUCUAGUUGCCAAUACUCCUCGCGCUGGAGCCAUUGCAAAAACGCCUCAUCCUCCAACCGUGACGGAAAUGACAGAAGUUGCAUCGUCAUGUGGGGUCGUUCCUAUAAAUACUGGAGGUACAACAGCGAAAAAGACUAGUGCACAGCAGGUUAUCCUUCACAUGUUUCGAUAG